GGCAUUUUAGACAUAUCCUGACCUAAGGCAAGCGGCAAAAUCUAACUGCUUCGUUGAUACGUUGUUACUCGAAUUUCGUUUGUGCUUUGUACAGUGAUUUUAUAUUACCGUACGGUACGAAAAACAGUGAAGGUUGACUACAACUAAAUCUAGUUGAAUAAACUAAUAGAUAAUUAAAUAAUCGUGCAAAUAACAUUCCAAAAUGCCGCCCAAACGAAAAGCAGCUACUGCGACUGCUAAAUCUAAAGUUGAAAAUGAAGAGGUUAGUACAACAAAUGAUGUGGAUCAGUCUGAAACAACUACCAAAAGAGCUAAGGUUAUCAAGAGUACAACCACCAAAGCUGCUAAGGGAAAAGUUGCUGUAAAGGAGAAAAGAGGCAAGAAAAACAAAGUUGAAAACGAUUCAGAAGGUGAAGAACAAAUUCCAGAACCUGCACCUGUACCACCAAAAAAGAAGAGGGCUGGAAAAUCCAAAGUUGAGAUUGAUAAGGAAGUAAAGAAAACGAGGACUCGAAAAAAUAACAAACUUGAUGAUAUAGAAGAUCCGAAUCAGGAAGAAUCUGAUGGCCAAAAAGUAGACGAAGCUGAUAAGGAUUCAGAAGCUGAAGAGGAACCUGUACCAGUAAAAAGAAAGAGGGGUGUAAAAGCUAAAGUUCCGGAAAUUGAACCAGAACCAGUACCGGUGAAAAACAAACGGGGUAGAAAAGCCAAAAUUGAGGUUGAUAAGGAAGCAAAGAAAACCAAUACACGAAAGAAUAACAAACCUGAAGAUAAAGAAGAUCUGACUCAGGAAGAUGCUCAGAUUCACAGCAAAGCUGAAGAUGAGUCAGAAACCGAAGAACAGUUACCUGAACCUCUACCGGUACCAGCAAAAAACAAACGGGGUAGAAAAGCCAAAAUUGAGGACGAUAAGGACACAAACAAAACCAAUACACGAAAGAAUAACAAACCUGAAGAUACAGAAGAUCUGAAUCAGGAAGAAUCCGAUGCUCAGAUUCCCAGCAAAGCUGAAGAAGAUCCGGAAAUUGAAGAACCUGAACCUCUACCGGUACCGGUAAAAAACAAACGGGGUAGAAAAGCCAAAAUUCAGGACGACGGGGAAGCAAAGAAAACCAAUACACAAAAGAAUGAUAAACUUGAAGAUAUAGAAGAUUUGAAAGAGGAAGAAUCUGAUGCUCAGAAUCCCAGCAAAGCUGAAAAGGAUUCAGAAACCGAACAACAAUUACCUGAACAUGUACCAGUAAAAAACAAACGGGGUAGAAAACCCAAAAUUGAGGAUGCUAAGGACACAGACAAAACCAAUACACAGAUGAAUGACAAACCUGAAGAUGUAGAAUUUGUAGAAGAUCUGAAUAAGGAAGAAUCCGAUGCCCAGAAUCCCAGCAAAGCUGAAGAGGAUUCAGAAACCGAACAACAAUUACCUGAACCUCUACCGGUACCGGUGAAAAACAAACGGGGUGGAAAAGCCAAAAUCGAGAAUGAUAAUGAACCGAAGGCAGUCAAAGCCGGCAAACGCAAAGCUGAGAAACCAGAAGAUCCCAACGAGGAAGACCCCGACGUGGUACCUGCUAAAACAACGAAAGUAAAAAAGCCGCUCAUGAAUAAAGUUAACACAAAUUGGGAGACCAUUGAUUUUAAAUGUUCGAAACCCAACAAAGAUGGCAAAAAUCACAACAUUAUCAUUAGUGCAUGGAACACCGGGGGUCUGAGAAGUUGGGUGAACAAGGAAUGUCACGAAUAUUUAACCCACGAAAAACCCGACAUAAUAUGUCUUCAGGAAACAAAGUGUGCGAUCGAUAAGAUACCUGAAGAAAUAGCGAACCUAAAAGACUACCAGAAAUACUGGACUUCGAGUAAAGACAACGACGGUUACGCAGGAGUGGGUUUGCUAACCGUCCCUAAACCGAAAAACGUUACUUACGGAAUUAAUAACGAAGAAUUAGACGACGAAGGUCGCUGCAUAACCGCGGAGUACGAGAAAUUCUUCCUCAUUAACGUGUACGUGCCCAACGCAGGUCGUAAGCUUGUAACGCUCCCGAAGCGCCUGAAAUGGAACGAGGCCUUCAAAAGGUACGUAAGUAAAUUGGAUGAACAGAAGCCGGUGAUAAUAUGCGGGGAUAUGAACGUGUCCCAUAAUGAAAUCGAUCUAGCCAGGCCAAAGAGUAACAUGAAAAAUGCCGGAUUUACUCGGGAGGAGCGCGAAGGGAUGACAGAGUUCCUGAAUUCGGGAUAUGUGGACGUUUACAGGGAGUUGUAUCCCGAUCAGAAAGACGUGUACUCGUUCUGGUCGUACAUGAGUAAUGCACGGGCUAAGAAUAUUGGAUGGAGAUUGGAUUAUUUUCUGACGUCCGAGAGAAUAAUAAGUCGAGUUUGUGAUAUUAGUUAUAGAACUGAAGUCCUGGGAUCAGACCAUUGUCCGUUAACUCUAUUUAUUAAUAUGUAGUGUAUGUAAUGUACUAAUAUGUAAUAUGUACUUGUUUUUAAUUUUUUCAUACAAAGUAUUAAUUUAUAAUAAAAAAAUAGUUCUUCAA